AUGCGCGCGCAUCGUGAACUCGGCGCGGUGAGACGCAUUGAAUAUUCCGUCUCAGGAGACGUGAAAAAAUGCGCGUGGAGCGCGACGAAGGACGCGACCGCGGUGGAUGGUUUCCUGAAGAUCAACCAUGGGCUCUACGCCGAGAUUCCGCUCUUCGCGCGCGCGGCGUUGGCGCUGACGAACGGAUUUUAUUGGUAUUUGGCGUGGAAAGUGCUGCGCUCGUCGGGGAUAUUUGAUGAUUCUUACUGCGUGCACGAUUUGUGUCGUUCGCACGCAUUUCAUGUUUUUCUCGUGUUGUGUAUCGCUACUGCGUCUACGGUGUACCACUUUUACCAGCUAGGUCUAGACCAUGAGAUUUUGAGGGCAUCACGCGCUGCGUGCGAUUGCUUUAAAUUUCGUGGAUUCGCCCUACCCGGUGCGACGUCGAAGGUCUCUCCGCUCGAGGUGAAAUCGUUGCAACACGUUUCAACCGGGCGCGUCGGUUUCGACCGGGUGCGCUCGGACUCCGCGCGAGAUCUCUCCGCAAGUGCGAUGUGUUCGCCGUCGAUGACGAAAUCGUCAGUCACGAAAAUGUCGUUAUAUAAUUAUCCUGGUGAGUUGGUGAGAUGGCUGUGCGCGAUGGACGUAGGAUGCGCAGUCGUCUACGGCGUAUUUUGCGCGACGUGCUACGGCGCCGAAAAGGUUCUCAGCGCCGGUCGGUGGCCGCUCGUCUUCUUGUUCACCGCCAUGGCGUGUCAGCGCGCCGAAAAAUACUGGGGCUACGUCGUUUUACACUCGAUAUGGCACGCCAUGAGCGCCGCUCUCAUGCUCGAAUUCUUGCUCGCGCAGUAG